UAUAAUCCCAUUCUUUUUUAUUGAAAUAAUACAUCAAUUUCCAUUCGAUAAGAAAUUGUUACCGAAAAUUUAUUCUUCUUGUAUGUUUGUGCAUGUGUGCUCAAUCUUUUGAUUUUGUUUUACCAUAAGUGUAAAAUUGACAGAUUUUCAAGAAAGAAAAAUGUCAUCUUUUUCCAAAAAAAUUAUUCAUCUUAUUGUAAUUCUUUGCACAUUUUCAGGGAUAAAUUGCUGGAAUGAUAGCGAAGAACAAGAACAACUUUCGAAAUUGAUUCAUUCAUUCAAUCAAUCAAUGAGUAUUCGAAAUGAAUUACUUGGAAUAAAUAAAACCUACUAUGAUAUUGUCGAAACAAAUCAUAUGGAAUUACUUGGCCGACCAGAACCAGAUUUGAGACCGAUAAUUGAUUCCUUUUUGAAAAACCUUCAAGAAAUUCAAACAAAAUUGAAAGAUUUUCAUAAAAGAUUUCAUUGGUUGCGCGAAAAAAUGAUGCUAAAAUCAAUUAAUCGAAGAUUUAAUUGUCUUGAAUAUGAAGAUGAAAUUAUCGCUUUAAAUGAUAGUAUAACCAUGGUUAUUGAUCAGUUAACACCAUAUCGAAUAAAAAAUGCAGCUCUUCCUUCAAGUGGUUUUGAUUCACAAAUUUUGAAUCAAAAAUUGUUCAAAUUCAAAGAGGACUAUCCAUCGUAUUCCGAUAUGGAAAUAAUUAGACGAGAAUUCAUUACACUUGAUAAAAAGAUUAAAAUUUUUCUUGAAGACCCGACAAAACAAUCACAAUUGAUCGAAUUUUUGGAAAAUUCAUUUCAACAUUCUGAACGCAUUAAUCAAGAAUUGGAUCGAAUUCGUCAGGAGACAUUCGUUCAAGCCAGAACACGUGCACAACAUAUUCCAGUCAUAAUAGAUUAUAAUCUUGUUUUUAUCAGUCGAAUGCAUCGAGAUGUAUGGAAUAUAAGUCGAAUGUAUUUGGAUAAAAUUAAAUCUGGUGCAGAUCUUUCAAGUGCAUCUCAAACUAUUCGAUUGGAAAAUCUUGGAUUAAUGCUUGCCAUUAUUUUAAUGAUCAUCACUAAUUCUUGCAUUUGAUAAGUAAUCAGUGAUUGUGUUUCUUUAAAGGUGUAUAAAACAAAAAUUUCAAUAAAUGAUUAAAGUUAAAGCUA